AUGAAUUUAGACUCAGAACCUAUAAAUAAUGGUUUUAUUUUUGGAAAAAAGAAGUUACAUAACGAUAUAAUUUUAGUUUAUGGUAAAAAUUACAAUUUGGGAUCUAACGAUAUAGUAUUGGAACAUUAUAUAACGGUUAAUAAUCCAGAUGACUUAUUUAUGGGUUUAAAAAAAUGUUUAGGAUGUUUUUUGGAUGAAACAAGCACCCUUGGUCCCCUUGAAAGAAUACAUAAGCAAAGUAAUUGUUUAGUUAAAUUGAGAAUAGAAGAUGUUUAUUUUCUUGAAAAUUAUUUACAUUCACAUGCAAUGAUAAUACAUGAAACUGAUUCAUAUAUAGUACCAGAUAUUAUUCAAUCACAUAUUGAGUCAAAUAUAUGGCAUGAACAUAAUUUUAUUAUAGAACCAAUGUUUUUUAAACAAGAUGAUAUUAGAUUAAAUAUUUUUGAUUCCAAAAUGCAAAAAUCAACGCAUAAUUGUAUAGAAAAAUAUGUUAAAAAAGAAAAAUUUAAUAAGAACUUAACGAUCGAAAAGUUAAACGUUAUCAACUACAAAUUAAUCCAACAAUUUGGAGAACAAAUUUUCGUAUAUAUAGAUGGUUCGGUUAUAAAUAAUGGGACAGAAAAUAUUGAUGGUAUAGCCAGUUUACAUUUUUACGAUAAAGAUCAUAAAUUAAUUGAUGAAUUUUACGUUAAUAUUGAACAUUGGAUUUCUCCAAGUAAAGCAGAAGUGACAAGUUUUAUACUCGCUUUGAUUAUAGUUCAUAAUAUUAGUAAUGUCGAGAUAAUUACAGAUAAUGAAUUUAUUCUUAAUUAUUUUAAUGAAAUUAUAUGCAAAACCGAAAUUUAUAAUACACGCAAAUUAUUAAAAACACAGAAUAACAUUUAUAUUUGGGCUUUAAUUCGACAAUUUAUAGAUUUAAAUGAAAUAAUUAUACCAAAAAUUACUAAAACCAAAGCACAUGAUGAUGAUUUAUACCAUAAUUUUUUAGAUCAAAAAAUUAAAGAUCAUUAUUCAGAUAGGAAUAGGGUAUAUUCGGUUAAUUUUAAUUUUUUUCAACUGGAUAAAAUAGAAUAUAUGCUUACAUGGAAUAAUAUUAUUAUCGAAAAACCGAUUAGACGUUUCAUACGAUAUUAUAGUGAAAUUUUAAAUUUAGAAAAAUUUUUUAAUCUUCGAAGAAAUCGAAAAUAUACAAUAGAUAGCGUAGAAUGGGCAAUUACGUUUGAAUUCUUAAAGGAAAAUGAAAACGUUUUACAAACUAAUUUCCACACAACUAAACUACGUCUUUAUAAAAUUAAGAAUUUAAUUGAAGAAAUUCCUACUGUAGAACAAAGAAAAUUGAUUAAUUUUGAUAUAUAUAAGGAUUGGAAAUGUCCUGUCUGUGAGCGUAAAAAAGAAACUUUUGGACAUGUGUGGCGUUGUUAUUCAAAUCGUAAAAAAAUGAGAAAUAUUAUAUAUUAUUCGAUUAUAUGUUUAAUUGAAAAAAUUAAAGAAUACGAUAUAUAUACCUUCGAUGAAGCUAAAAUAAUUGAUUUAUUUAUAAACGAAUCUUUUGGCGAAGUUAAAGUUAAUAAUAAUAAAUUAACUUUCGUAGAUAUUAUUAAAGGAUUAUUUCCUAAAUUAUUAGCUGAUUUCUUACGACAAGAAAUUAAAAUGACUAAAGUUCAUUUAUUCGAAACUGGAGUCAAAUUUUUAGAUUUCGUCUUUGAUUCUACACAUAAGAUUUGGGUCGAAAGAUGUGAUUUACAAAAAGACAAAGAAAAAAGUUUAGGUGUUACUAAAGAAGAUAAAAAACAUUAUAGUUAUGAUAAUAAUAUAGUUAAAAAAGAUAUUAAUCAUAAAGUCUAUCAAAAGUUAUCCUGGUUCAUCAGGAAUAUAGUAAUUUUUAGUAUAUUCUAG